CUAAAGAAAAUGGCAGAAACAUCACCAGCACCUUCAGGGCUGCUUGUUGUACACUCUGACACUCACAGUGACACUGUCCUGGCCAGUUUUGAGGAUCAGAGAAAGAAAGGCUUCCUCUGUGACAUUACUUUAAUCGUGGAGAAUGUGCAUUUCCGAGCCCACAAAGCCUUACUCGCAGCUAGUAGUGAAUACUUCUCAAUGAUGUUUGCAGAAGAGGGGGAGAUCGGCCAGUCCAUUUAUAUGCUGGAGGGCAUGGUUGCAGACACCUUUAGUAUCCUGCUGGAAUUUAUCUACACAGGUUAUCUCCACACCAGUGAGAAAAAUAUAGAACAAAUCCUGUCUACAGCUCAGUUCUUAAAAAUCUAUGACCUGGUAAAGGCUUACACAGACUUCCAAAAUAAUCAUAGUUCCCCAAAGCCAACGACUUUGAACACUGCUGGUGCUCCAGUGGUUGUUAUUUCUAAUAAGAAAAAUGAUCCUCCAAAGCGGAAACGGGGAAGACCCAAAAAAGUCAACAGUUUGCAGGAGGAGAAAUCAGAACUGGCUGCAGAGGAAGAAAUACAGCUAAGAGUGAACAAUUCAGUUCAGAAUAGACAAAACUUUGUGGUUAAAGGAGACAAUGGUUUACUGAAUGAACAGAUUCCAACAAAAGAAAAGGAAGAAGCCGAGCCUGCUUGUGCACCAGGUAGAGUGGAGGACUUGCCAACUGAAAAAGACGAGAACUAUGAUCCCAAGAAUCAGAAUGGACAGGACAACCAGAGUCGGUACAGCAAACGGAGAAUCCGGAGAUCAGUCAAACUUAAAGAUUACAAACUUCAUUUUUUAGCAAUCCACCAGAGGAGCCACACAGGAGAGCGACCUUUCAAAUGUAAUGAGUGUGGAAAAGGCUUUGCCCAGAAGCACUCCCUCCAGGUCCACACCAGGAUGCACACGGGGGAGCGACCAUACACCUGUACCGUGUGCAGCAAGGCUCUCACCACCAAGCAUUCGCUGCUGGAGCACAUGAGUCUGCACUCAGGACAGAAGUCUUUCACCUGUGAUCAGUGUGGAAAAUAUUUCAGCCAGAAAAGACAACUAAAGAGCCAUUACCGAGUUCAUACAGGCCACUCAUUACCGGAAUGCAACCACUGCCAUCGCAAAUUCAUGGAUGUGUCUCAGCUAAAGAAACAUAUGCGAACACACACAGGUGAGAAACCAUUUACUUGUGAAAUCUGUGGCAAAUCUUUCACAGCAAAGAGUUCUCUUCAGACCCACAUCAGAAUCCAUCGAGGAGAAAAGCCAUACUCAUGUGGCAUUUGCGGCAAAUCCUUCUCUGACUCCAGUGCCAAGAGGAGACACUGCAUUCUACACACCGGCAAGAAGCCUUUCUCCUGUCCUGAGUGUAACUUACAGUUUGCUCGCUUAGACAACUUGAAGGCUCACUUGAAAAUCCAUAGCAAAGAGAAACAUGUGUCAGAUGCCAGCAGUGUUUCUGGCAGUGGUAAUACUGAAGAGGUCAGGAAUAUUCUUCAGCUACAGCCAUAUCAACUCUCUACCUCGGGAGAGCAGGAAAUUCAGCUUCUUGUAACUGAUUCUGUACAUAACAUCAAUUUCAUGCCUGGUCCUAGCCAGGGAAUCAGCAUUGUCACUGCAGACAGUUCCCAGAACAUGACCGCAGACCAAGCUGCAAAUCUUACCUUGCUCACACAGCAGCCAGAACAACUGCAGAAUUUAAUUCUUUCGGCUCAACAAGAGCAAACAGAACACAUUCAGAGCCUCAAUAUGAUGGAAAGCCAGAUGGAGUCCUCACAGACAGAGCCAGUGCACGUAAUCACACUGUCCAAGGAAACCCUGGAACAUCUUCACGCCCAUCAAGAGCAAACAGAGGAGCUCCACUUAGCAGCAGGCGCUUCAGAUCCAGCUCAGCACCUGCAGCUGACAGAGGAGCCUGAUCCGCCGCCACCCACUCACCAUGUGCCCCAGCCCACGCCACUUGGCCAGGAGCAGAGCUGA